GGAAAACAAGCAUUGAAGAGCCACCGCAUACAGUACGUGUCAUGAUUCCUGCAUUUCAUCUCCCAAGUGUCCUUUAUUUCCCUUCAUCUCAAAUCAAUUUCUGUAAAUUUAAGCAGCCAGCAAAACACCAUUUCCAUCUCCGGCUGCACUCCUCUCUCAUCCCUCACCCUAUCCAUCAUAUUCAACCUACCUAGCUCUGCUCCGUCGAUAUAUUAUCACCGUGAAGACGCACAAGAAGAAGUAUUGAUUGACCAAAUAUGCCUCGCAGGUACGCUUUUGGGAGGCCUGAAGAUGCGACCCAUCCCGACUCCGUCAAGGCCACCUUGUCGGAAUUCCUCUCCACCUUCAUCUUUGUUUUUGCUGGAGAAGGCUCUGUCCUCGCUCUUGAUAAGAUGUACAGGGAAACGGAUUUAUCUGCGUCAGGGCUGAUCCUUAUCGCGCUGGCGCAUGCGCUCUCUCUCUUUGCUGCGGUGGCCUCUAGCAUGAACGUAUCGGGCGGCCACAUUAACCCCGCCGUCACCUUUGGGGCCCUCGUUGGCGGCAGGGUAUCUCUGCUCCGUGCCAUCUUCUACUGGAUAGCGCAGCUGCUUGGGGCUGUCGUUGCUUCCCUGCUCUUGAGACUAGCCACAGACGGCUUCAGACCAGUGGGGUUCUCAGUGGCUGCGGGAGUGGGAGCAUGGAAUGCGCUGGUGAUGGAGAUCGUGAUGACAUUCGGGCUGGUGUACACGGUGUACGCGACAGCCAUAGAUCCUCGAAGGGGGAGUCUGGGCACGAUAGCCCCUCUUGCGAUUGCAUUCAUAGUGGGAGCGAAUGUGCUGGUGGGAGGGCCUUUCGAAGGAGCAGCCAUGAACCCGGCCAGGGCAUUCGGGCCGGCCCUGGUGGGGUGGAGGUGGAGGUACCAUUGGAUCUACUGGUUGGGUCCCUUCAUCGGGGCAGCGUUGGCGGGCAUCAUAUACGAGUUCGGCCUCAUACUGCCGGAGACGACUACUCCGCACCACACCCACCACCAGCCUUUGGCUGCCGAUGAUUACUAGACUAGCUUCCUUCCUACUUAUUACAUUUGUUGAGUUGAGUGAGUCGAUAAAUAAAUCAAUCCUUUUGUUGCGUUUGCGUGUGUACCCUACGUUGUGUACGUAUUUACUUGGGGAUUUGUAAGUUUAAUUUCUAAUAAUCGAUGGAUGGAUUGUAAUGUUGUCCCUGUCCUAUACAUUACAUGUAUGAUACAUCAUCACUCAUUACUUGUUCAUC